AAGUUCCAACUUGUGAUAUCUUAACCACAGGCCACAUGUCUCGGGUGGUGUCUUAUUUCGAGGGUGUGUCUAUUCGUACAUUCGGCAUAUAAAAGUUUGGAAUCUUUGAAGAUCUGCUCUGUUCGCCUCAGUCAUAUUUUGGACUCUACGGAAAGUCACGCUACUUUGUCAACAUGAGCGCCGAGCCUCCCAAGGUGAUAUGUGGAAUGCUGAUGCUCCAGCAAGCCUUCUACGAACAUGCAAAAAAAAGGGGAGACCGGACCGUCUUGACCAAUGCAGAGUUUGCUGAGAUGCUCCGCAAGGAAUGCUGCGUUGAGCUCCAGGACAGUCAGCAGAAGGAGGACUUCUUCAAGAAGCUAGACUUCGACGGGGACGGCUUCAUCGACUUCCAGGAGUUUUGUGUUCAAAUGGCAACCUUUAUGAUGCUAAUGGGGCCAGACAAAUAAAGCACAACGCAAGAGGAAAAGCCGCAUAUGGAAGAUCUUUGACUUUUUUUUAAACAGCACAGCACUCUUGUAAUGAAGUGUGAAAAAAAAAAAAAUCAGGCGUGGCCCCUCUGCUCUGUCCCCGUGCUCCCACUGCAUAUUUUAAAAUAACUUUUACGUUUGGAGUUUUUUCUGUA